AGUCACUUGUGCGUGCGUGGUACGUGUGUGUAUAUAUUGAUAGUUGUUUAGACGAAAUAUUACAUUAUUUUAAAUUCUUACAGUAUUAGGUGAAAUAUUACAUAUCAAAUACAGUGAAAAUAAGACAAACAUAAGACGGGAAGCUUUAAAGAGAAUAGUUACGAAACUGUCCACGCUGAGCUGCGGGUCUCUGACAGCACUUGACAGUCUGUCUGACUGAUCCUUGGCUGAUGAUUAUACGAUCUUGCGUUUUGCUGUGAGAUAUGUGUUGAUCGUGCCGGGCUAACCUCCGCGAGUGUAUUCCACUGUUGUGUUUCUAACCUCAAACAUGGCUGACUCCGAACAAGACCCGGGUGAUCGACUUGAUAGCGAUAACCAGAAGAAUGAUAAAAUGUUCACCCUGAAAAAGUGGAACGCCGUAGCUAUGUGGAGCUGGGACGUGGAGUGCGACACUUGUGCCAUUUGCAGAGUCCAGGUUAUGGACGCCUGUCUGCGAUGCCAGGCGGAGAGCAAGAAGGAGGUUUACGGCCGACAGGACUGCGUGGUCGUCUGGGGCGAGUGCAACCACUCGUUUCAUUACUGUUGCAUGUCACUCUGGGUCAAACAGAACAAUCGUUGCCCGCUGUGCCAGCAGGAGUGGUCUAUCCAACGAAUGGGGAAGUAAUCCUCACGGCGGGAUCUCGCAUUCACGAUUAUCUUACCAUCAUCAGUCGUUGUCGUCGAGAAACUGCACAUUCUGUAUCAGUCUUGGAUUCGUUUCAAUACUUCAAAAAUCUUCGAAGGGACUUUGGUAACGAUAUAUAGACGACAUAUGAGAGACAUCAGUCGAGAUCAUAUUUUAUAUAGACGGGGAUAUUAUUUUAUAGUAAUACACUUACGUAAAAGAAUGAUUAAUAAUUUGUGUGGAAAAUAUGUAAUUGUUUUUGAAAACUUGUAGAUUAUAUAUGAAAAACUUUAUCGUUAUCUAAUUUAUGCAAUUAUGACAAAUAAUUAUCAAAUAAUAGUUACCAGAUAAUAAUUAUAAACUAUAAAAUUUAUUAGCUUCGUGUGUUAACGAAUGGGCUUUUGGAAAAGUCUUAUUCAAUUCUUUCUGAUUAAUGAAAUAUAAAACUGGAUCUUUGGAAAUCAUUUAACAUAACUUUAAAUUCCAAAUAAAAAUUUAAAACAUUCAAAUUAAUAAAAGUCAUACAAAACAAUCUUACGUUUAGUUCAGUUUUUUGUCUCGUGCAAUCUAUUUAUAUUCCUUUUGAUUAAUAUAGAACGCAAUUAAACGCUGAAAAUAUAAUAGAAGAAAAAUUUUACAUUGUAUCAACUAUUAAUAUUAUUAAUAAUAUACUAAUAUAAUAGUAUUAAUAUUGUUGAAAUAAAUAAAAAAAAUCGUAAUGAUAAUUAAAUUAUCAGAAUAAUAACAGAAUAAUUAAUUAACAGGCUUUGUUUUAUUUUAAUAUAUAUAAAUUCAUAAUUUAUUUUUAAAAAUUAUAUAGCCUUCAAAUUAUAUAUAGAAGCGGUUUUCAUAUAAUGCAAAAUUGUCUGGAAGACAGAGAUAUGAUUCUUAUCGAUCGCGAAAUAUUCAAAAGUAUUAAAGUAUUAAAUACAAAAGUAUUAAAUACAAAUAUUUAGACUGCAUGACGUGAUAGAUCAAAGAUUAUAUUCGGUGUCGAAGUACAAAGUACGCAUUGCCAUGCGAUUUUAAAGAUCAACGUAAUUAUCUUGAGAUGAUUGUUAUCAAAAACGUGUCAUGAAUUACGUGUCUAAGAUAUUUAUGUAGGCGUAAUGAAAAACGCGAACUGCUUAUUAUCGAGACGGAUGCUAACAUCGAGUCAUUCUAAACACGCAAUUAGAUUUAAGUUUCCAAAAUCAAAAUUUCUUCAAAGCGCUUAUCGAUAUUGAUAAAUUUAUAAUAUCAAGUUUUCAAACUAACUUCAUGUCCCAUUUUUUCCCUUACUCUUCACAGAAUUAAAAAGGUUAAAAAAACAAGAAUUAAAAUGGAGGAAACAUUAAGGUAAACUAUGGGUAAAAGCUAUCAAGUUUUGAUAAGUAAUUUGUUAAUUGAUAAUUGAUGACAUCUCUUCUUAAAUGUUUGAAAAAUACACUAAUGGCAUUUGUAUGUUGCCUUUACCAGCUUCAAGUAUAAUAUGUAAUUUACUUAUUCGAGAUAUUUAUUUUUUGUUUUUAAAUUCAAUUGGUUGAAAGUUCAAAAUAAGAGUUUAUUAGAGAUUUUUAUUAUUCUAUAUUUUGUCCCUUCUUAUCGUAUUUGUAAACAUUCAUACGAGAAGUAGAAGGAAAAUAUUUAUAAAGUAUAAGAAAAGCUUUAAACUUGCUACAUCUUGCAAACAUGUACUUGUACAUUAUUAUUGAUUUUUCAGUGAAAUCUUAUGGCCAUAAUCAGUGAGACAUAAGACGGAGGAACAAAGUAUUUUCACUGACGAUCAAUGAAAUACUCACUUUGGUGAAAUCUUAUGACGCUACUUUAAAUCAGUGACAUUUUCAUUGAUUCAGUUUAAGACAAUGUAGUACUAAUUGAAUUAACGGUAACGAAGGCUUGCUAAGUGCGUGGCUUUUCAAUUUAUAGGAUCAACCACAGAAGAGAACAAUGAUCGUUUAUAUUAACCAGCGUAUUGUAACUAGACAUCCUUGACGACGCAAUUUAUCGUUGAUUUUAUCUGAUAAUAAAAAUUUAUGGUUCCAGCGUCGAAGCGCUGACGUCUCUUGAUAGAAAGCAACGGGGGUCAACAAGCUAGAAGCACCAUUGCGACCUCCCUUUUCAUUUCAAUUCCGAAUGUAGAAUCGAUUCUUGCGCGGCUCGCAAUUGUCUGAGUAGAUUCUUUAGAUCAUAGAUUUAUGCUGAAUUAUUUCACCAUUAAAGUAGUCAUAAAAGAUAUUUUAUUGCUUUGAAUAAUGCUUGAAAAGAUAUUUAUAUUAGAAUACAUCUUACUUGCUUCAAAAUUUCUGUAUUUACAAAUGCAAAUUGGGAUUAUAUUUUAAAAAGAAAAAAUAAUACUUCUAAGUUACAUUUACUUAGCUAAUGUACAUUUAGUUUGCAUGAUAAUAAGCUGUAGAUAAUAAAAUUUUAUGAUUUUUUUCUUUGAUUAUAAUGUAUAGAAUUUAAAAUCAGCUAUCUUUUGAUUUUAGAAGGCGUGCUAUCCUUUUUUAAAAAUGUCCUUUUCAAAUAUUGUUUUUGUGGACCAUAACUAAAAAUUUAAACCAUCAUUUAUCUUGAUAUUUACUUCUUAUUUUACAUUCUAAUUUUUUUAUUCUUUUUUAAAAACGCCAUAAUCAAUGGAUACAUAGAAGGAUAUGAUCAUCUUACGCUGCUUUGCGUGAAAUAAAUUUCGUCUAAUCUUGAAAUCGAAUACAAUAAUAUCUUGAGAUCUUUGCCAUCACGUGAAACUUUUGUUUUUAGAUUCUGCGAAAGCUGAGACAUCGCACGAGGAACAUUCUCGUGCUACGGAAAACGGCAAACGUCCGUGUGCGAGAUGACGUGUCUGCCAAUUUUUUUCUCAUCGUAAUCGCAUUUAUUAAUCACGCGAAUAAAAAUCUCGCGAAGCGAAUGUCAAAAUCUGCA